AUGCAGGUUAAGACCGCAAAGCUGGCAGCAGCGUUGGACAUUGGUGGGUUUGGAGUUGUGUUUGCGGCCACCACAUUCGCCGUCAAUGAAUUAGACUUGAGAAUCAUGGUGACAGGAAUGAUAUGUGCCUGCCUCAAUGUGCUCAUGUACGGGUCACCCCUUGCUGCCAUGAAAACGGUGAUCACCACCAAGAGCGUGGAGUUCAUGCCGUUCUUCCUAUCCUUCUUCCUCUUCCUCAACGGAGGCAUCUGGGCAACGUAUGCGGUGCUUGACCGAGACAUCUUCCUUGGGAUCCCCAAUGGGAUAGGCUUCAUCCUUGGCACCAUCCAGCUGAUCAUCUACGCGAUCUACAUGAACAGCAAGGCCUCCCAAAGCAGCAAAGAAACAGCGUCACCUCUUCUGGUCUCCAACCAUCAGGGAGAAGCAUCUAGCCAUGUCUGA